GUUGUAGCAAGGCAAACGAUGGAGGUGAAGUGAAGUGAACUUGAGAACACCUCAGGCGGCAAGUCCCAAAGCGGCAGUCCGUGCCGCUCGCCACGAGGUUGCUUUAAAAGGUUUUGGGACAUUCGCCGACGCGGCUCUUGUCAACACGCCGCCCAACACGGCGCGAAAGAGUGGCGGUAGAAAAGCCAGUAGGUCUGCGUUUCGGCCCAGUCCAUUUCUCCUGUCUUUCACCUCUCCACCCUCGCCGUCAAUAUGCCUCAUCUUGAGAAUGUCAACUUCUCCGCGCCACCCGAAGAACAUGACUUUGCCGCACUGCUCUUCGACCUGGACGGCACAAUCAUCGACUCUACCGAUGCCAUUGUGAAGUUCUGGCACCAGCUGGGGAAGGAGAUUGGCGUAGAUCCAAACUACAUCUUGCAAACAUCACAUGGCAGGCGCACUAUCGAGGUGCUUGGGAUCCACGCCCCGCAGCUGGCAAACUGGGAUUAUGUUUGUCAUGCGGAGGGACAGAUUCCCAUCCAAUACGGCCACGAUGCUGUGGAAGUACCCGGCGCCAGGGCUCUCCUCGACAGACUGAACCAAGCUACCAUCCCUUGGGCCAUUGUAACCUCUGGAACCACACCGCUAUUCUCCGGCUGGCUGAAGGUCCUUCAACUUGCUCGGCCAAAGACCCUCGUGAGCGCGGAGCAUGUCGAAAAGGGCAAACCAGAUCCCGCUUGCUACAAGCUUGGCGCGAAGCAGCUGGGUUUGGCAGAUGUCGACCCCAGCCAGAUUCUUGUUCUCGAGGACGCGCCUGCGGGAGUGAGGGCGGGCAAAGCGGCUGGGUAUCGGGUUGUAGCGCUCGCGACUACUCAUCGAAUUGACCAAUUAUGGGAGGCUGGCGCGGACUGGGUUGUGCGGGAUAUGCGCAGUGUCACUGUUGCAAGCUGGGAUGCGAAGGCUCAACGAGCCAGGAUAGAAUUCCGAGAUGCGUUGUUGAAGUGAGCCAGGGAUGUAUAUUAGAGUAUGUCCCUCUUAGACUAGAGCAGAGUAUAGAUAGA